GCAACAGGCUCCUCACCCAGCUUGCUUCCGUCAAUUGAUACAUUGAUUUGCAAUCAAAUCCUCGUCUUUACUAAUUAUUCUCCAACGUGAACGGCACAACAACCACUCCAUUCUUCCACCAUGGAGGGCUACAAAUAUCUCAGCCUGCGACAGUGCAGUUCCUCCAGCAGAUCCUCGAAAUCACUCUUCCCAUUCCUAUCUUGAGACGAGAUCUUUCCUUCUUUUGUUCAGCAUUCCAACAUGGCAAGGAAACCUACAAUUCUCAUUACGGGUUGUAGUGAUGGAAGUAUCGGGCACUCCCUCGCUCUCGAAUUCGUUCGUCAAAACUACCAUGUUUUCGCCAGCUCUCGUCGACUUAGUACAAUGGAAUCUCUUGAGAAAGAUCCCGAUAUUACCUUGAUUGAACUCGAUGUAACAUCGCCUUCCUCCAUCCAAGUAGCCUACGAAAGAAUAUCUGCGGCCACAGGUGGAACUCUUGAUAUCCUCUACCAGAAUGCCGGAGUACGAACAAUAGCCCUCGCCAUGCAUUGUGACUACGAAUUGGCUCUAAAGAUUUUCGGUACAAACAUGCUUGGAGUAGUCGAGAUCACUAGAGUCUUUAUGCCGCUUUUAAUGAAAGCUGGUCCUGGAAGUAGGAUUGCAUUCUCUAGCAGUCUGGCUGGGUAUAUGCCAAUCCCAACCCAAUCACUUUACAAUGCAUCAAAAGCCGCUUUACACUCGUAUAUAUCGACUUUGGAGCUUGAACUUGAGCCUUUUGGAAUAUUCGUUAUCGAUGUGGCUUCGGGUACAGUUGGUACCGCCAUGUUGACGCAGAAUCAGAUGGAAAAACUACCAGAAGACUCUCCAUACAAAUUGAUUGAAUCCGAUCUUCACGAAGCUUGGGUCAAGAUUGGGGGAGGGAUACCGGUGGAAGCAUACACCAAGCAUGUUGUUGGGAAGGUCCUUCAGAAGAACCCACCUCAACGUUUCUUUGCUGGAGCCGGCGCGACCUUAGGAUGGGCGAUUGAUAAAUUGAAUGCAGGUUGGAUUUAUAAAGCGUUCUUUUGGAAAAUCUUUGCUCUGGGUAAACUUUCUCAAGCGCAACGUUAGGAUGGACUGAUCCUCCAAGGCUGUUUAAUCCCCACAGACACUGGUCUGAAACAGAAUUGUUGUGGAAAGAUUAAGAUUGUGACAAAUUUUAUAUGUCACUUGAGCACUCUUCCACUUCAUAGUAUCCAAAUGAAGAAUCUCAACGAUACUUUCGGUUGUUCAUGCAACAUUUCGCAUUCACUAUAUUGUUUGCAAGACCUCCGCGGUCAUGAGAACGCACAGCCACUAUAACCUUCAAAGGUUGACCUUGUGAUUCAUAUGUCUAGAAAGUGAUUCAAAAUACACCAGAGAUGUCUUGGUCAGCAUCUACCGUACUUUUUCAUUACCUAUAUAAAGUUCACGACGAAUGAUUUUGAGCUCGUUCUCGAUACGAAAUAUUUCGCAAACCCACGACUACAUCAAAUCCACCAAACACGACAACAUGUGUCUCAUAACAAUCCAGCGUUACGUUCACUGCCUUUGCAUCACCAAUCACAUCACUAUCUGCCGUGACAUGAUCAACAAGUAUCAGGUAUUCUCACCAAGGCAAACUGCAGAUUUCGGAGAAGAAGAGGCAAAAAAUUGUCGCUUCAGACAAGAUGCUCGAGCUGCGCUUGAGAUUCCUUGCGGCAAUAGAAGUUGCACUUUAAGUACGAAGCGAAUAGAUUGGACAAUAGGUGAUAGGAACAUGAAUGCAAUAUUGAUUGCGAGACGAGAUACUUUGAGAAGGAAUAACGAUUCCGUAUCUAGUAUGAUUACAUUGGGAGACGAGAUUGAGUUGAGAAGGGGAGGGCAUUAGUGACUUUGAGAAGAGGAUUUGGCGGCUUUCUCAUGGAUAUCAGAUUGAGAGGAUGAUCAGAUAUUGUGCCAAGAUUUCCGCCUCCGACGGAAUGAUAGAUUGCCGGAGAAGCCACAAUGGUGAAUGAUCUGUAGGAUCAGGUCCGGUUCGCUGGGAGCUUUUGUCGGGGUACGAUGUCUCCAAGCCACCACUCGUAUAGCUGUCUUGAUCUUGGUUCCCCGCCUACACACGCAUUCUGCUAAGGGGAGCUACACACAUUUCUGUCCCCCGUCGGCUAUAUGGAUCGUACUAUACGUAUAGCAUUUCGUCAAGAUAUUUUUACUUUGCUUGGCAGAUAGGUUCUCGGCCUCAAUAUCAAUCUUACUUACCAGUAUCA